GCAUUCAAUUGACAGCCGGUUUUUGUAAAAAGAAGUUCUUUUCACGCUGCCCGCUGCCACUGUGCUUCGUGUAUAACCUCUUCAUAAAUUGAAUUCAAAAUCUCUCAUAAUGGCUGAACAACGUGAAAGAACCUUCAUCAUGGUUAAGCCCGAUGGCGUUCAACGUGGACUCGUCGGGGAGAUUCUUCAGAGGUUUGAGAAAAAAGGCUUCAAGCUUGUAGCUCUGAAAUUUGUGUGGCCGUCUGAAGAACUCCUUAAAAAUCACUACAGCGAUUUGUCGUCGCGACCAUUCUUCCCGGGUCUAGUUAAGUACAUGAGUUCAGGACCCGUCGUGCCAAUGGUAUGGGAAGGACUCAACGUUGUGAAGACUGGUCGCCAAAUGCUCGGUGCUACAAAUCCAGCAGACUCUCUACCUGGCACAAUCCGUGGUGAUCUUUGCAUUCAAGUUGGUCGCAACAUCAUCCAUGGCUCAGACAGUGUUGAAUCUGCUAACAAAGAAAUUGCUCUCUGGUUCACUGAAAAGGAAGUUGUUGGAUGGACCCCAGCUGCAGAAAACUGGGUAUAUGAAUAAGCUUAGAAUUCCAUUAAAUUAUGUGUCUAAUGAAAUAAACUAAUUAUUUAAUCUCA